AUCAAAAGCAGGAAGUAGCUGUUUGUGAUUGAAAGAUGUCAUCAUUGGCAUAGUUGCUUGAGAUAUGCUGAUAUGGCCGAGACCCACAUGACGGCCUCGCCCGAUCCCCGCAAAAUCUGAAAAUUUCCGCACCAAGACAGCUUGAUUUCGCUGCAUGCCUUUUAUAUCAGCUCUCCAUCGGCCCUCAGAGAUGACCUGAGAUUAUCUAUCCACAGAACGCCAUGGACAAAGCCCACGUCAAGCCCCCUAAGGGCGACACCAGCGUCGAGGAGCAAGACCUGGCCGCCAUGGGCCACGUCCAGGCUCUCUCGCGCAAAUUUAACCUCUGGAGCAUGCUCGCCUUGGCCUUUUGUGUCCUUGGCACAUACUCAACCUUUGCUCAAGGCCUCAGUAGCGGCCUCACGAAUGGCGCCUCCAUCACCAUCCUGUGGGGCCUGGUCCUGGUCACCGUCUGUAAUCUCUGUGUCGCCGUUUCGCUCGGCGAGCUCACGAGCAGCAUGCCAACUGCCCUCGGACAAGCAUACUGGGUAUGCCGGCUCUGGGACACGCCCUUUGGCCGCUUUCUCUCGUACAUGACGGCAUGGAUCAACACCUUUGGGUGGUGGACCUUGACAGCGUCGCAAGUCGCCUUCAUGACCGAGUUCUUGCUAGGCAUGAAAACCAUGUUUGAUCCAGACUGGGACGGUGCGGACAAGGGCUGGCUUCAAUUUGUUGUCUACAUAGCUGUCGUCUUCGUCCUGACAUUGACCAAUGUCGUCAGUUGUCGGUCGGAACAGGUGCUUCCCUGGCUGAACAAUUUCGUCGGCGUCUGGUUCACGGCGCUCUUUGUUAUCCUCUCUCUUGCCCUGUUGAUCUCAGUCGGCGUCAGAUCGGAUUUAUCCUUCCAGCCCGCCUCCUUCGUUUUCGGACAAUGGAUGAACCGCACCGGCUGGCCCGACGGCGUCGUCUGGUUCACAGGGCUCGUGCAGGCCGCGUACGGCCUUACAGCCUUCGACGCUGUCAUCCACAUGGUCGAGGAAAUGCCGUCUCCGCGCCGCAACGCCCCGCGUGUGAUCUGGCUUGCUGUCCUCCUCGGCGCAAUAACAGGCUUCAUCUUCAUGCUGAUCUGUCUUUUCUGCAUCCAAGAAGUUAAUACCGUCGUUGAUGCAAACCUACCAUUUAUCGAACUGAUGCAGGAGACCGUCGGUCUCCAGGGCGCAGCUGUUUUGCUCGCGCUGUUUAUCUUCAACGGCCUGGGCCAGGGGAUCAGUAUCUUGACCACGGCAUCACGGUUGACGUGGGGUUUUGCUAGAGACGGCGGCCUCCCUUUCAGUCCGUAUCUCGCGCACAUCGACACAACCUGGAAAGCUCCCGUCCGCGCUCUCUGGAUGCAAGGCUUCCUGAUCGCGCUAGUGGGAGUGCUCUACCUCUUCGCCAGCACCGUCCUCGACGCCAUUCUCAGUGUCAGCACUAUCGCUCUCACGGUUUCCUACGGCAUUCCCAUCGCCGCUCUUCUAUAUGUCGGCCGGGACACGCUUCCGCCGGGCCCAUUCAGGCUCGGGCGUUGGGGUGCACUAGUCAACUGGAUUAGCAUUGUCUAUUGUGCUGUUACAACUGUGUUUUUCUUCUUCCCGGGAGGUCCGGACCCGAAGCCCGCGGAUAUGAACUACGCCAUUGCGGUGUUUGGCGUAAUGCUGGUUGUCGCUAUUGGGUUCUGGUGGGUGCAGGGGAAGAAGAUGUACCUGCGCACGGAGGAUGCAAUGGCACAGAUGAUUUUUGCGAGGAGGUUGGAAGGGGAAGGGGUUGGCUUAAGCGUUGGUCCGGCAGAUAAGAAUAGAUGA